AAUGUUAAAUUAUAACGAAUGUUUAACACUAGAACUUUCAAAUAUCCAAAAUAAAUAAAAUGAAUUAUGAAGUCUCUGUAAACAAAGUUGUCCUUAAAAAAGGUUAGUUGAGGCCAAACACCAGACUGGAGACUUUAUCAUCCAGUUAAAAAUAUAUAAAUCUUGAAAGUGGAGUUUAUUGAGCUCGUUCUAACCGAUUUAUUGCUUUAUUGCGACAGACUUGUUGAAUAGUUUUUUUAGUGUGCUGAUGUAGUUUAGUAUUUUUGCUGCAGCUGAAAAUAUUCAAAUAGAUGGAUGUUGUUCUCGUCAGCUAAAGUUGCUUGAGGCGUUUUCUCUACUCACCUAGAAUUAAGUCUUGAGAAUUAAAGACAUUUUAUCCCCAGAUUAAGUGAUUUGAAGCUAACUGAGAAUCUAAGCCAUUUGAUUUUUAUGUCCCAACACUUCCUCUUUCUUUCUCCAUGUAUUGCUCAUCUAUUACUCAUUUAUCCAGUCACGUGUUUCCAGUUCUGCUUCAGAGCAGCCAUGGAAUUUCAACAGCAAAAGGUUGAACGUUAAGCUUGGCGUUUGCGACAUUCCUUCGUCUCCUCGUCUGUUUACUGAUGAGGCAGCGCGCCGUCUGACCUUUCUGUUUUCCUUCCUUCCUGUCCUCAUGUCGUCCUAGAGCUUUUACUGUAAAACUUCCUGAUUGCUCAGACUUCCAAGCACUUCAUAGCUACUGAAACUUCCUUGUUUUGUCACGUUUCAAAUGCAAAAAUAAACAUUAAUCAAAUUAUAAUGUAUUAAGUAAAAAGUUUUUUAUAUUCAGUCCCUUUUACAUGAUUCCUUUUAAAUAAAUUCAAUCUAAAUAAGAAAUGCAGUCCUGUAAUUUGAACUUUUGUAUUAAUGAAGAUCUAAGAGGUUAGCUGUUUGAUACAUGGUGGUGGUAUCAUCAUGCUGUGGGGAUAGAUUGGAGCCUAUCAUGGGGUAAGUGCAAAUGUAUCCCCAGUUAGCUGGACAAAGUUCGUACAUUUCUGUCAUGAUACAAGCCUUAAAUUACAUUUAGUCAUUAAAAUUACAUUUAGUCUUUAAAAGUCUUAUGUCCAAUCCCCUCCAGAGACAUAAACGGCACAAGAUAGAAAGAAACAUUGAUUAUUAAUAUUGGCCCACCAGUUUCACUUAUUAGAAAACGUCAAAUAGCGAUCGAKGCUAAUGCCGAUAUAUCAUGACGAUUCCUGAUGUUUCACGUAAAUCCUGUGUUUGACCCGCAGGCUGCUGAUCUUUGUGUCAUCUCCUGCUUACAGCACCCCCUACAGUGUAUGUGUGGCAACAACAUGUCUGUGCCGCUGCUAGCCGAGGCUGUGACGGUGUCCGGGACACAGAAGGAGACUGCGGCGGUGAUCUUCCUUCAUGGAUUAGGAGACACAGGGCACGGCUGGGCCGACUCUCUGACGGGGAUCCGGCUGCCUCACGUCAAGUUUAUCUGCCCUCACGCGCCUAAAAUCCCCGUCACUCUCAACAUGAGGUCCCUGAUGCCCGCGUGGUUCGACCUCAUGGGUCUGAGCCCCGACGCUCCAGAGGACGAAGUCGGAAUCAAAAAGGCUGCAGAAAACAUUAAGGCCAUAAUUGAACAUGAGGCCAGAAACGGGAUUCCUCCUCACCGUAUAAUCAUCGGUGGAUUCUCUCAGGGUGGCGCUUUGUCCUUAUACACCGCUCUGACCUGCCAGCACCAGCUGGCCGGCGUGGUGGCCCUCAGCUGCUGGCUCCCUCUUCACAAGAGUUUCCCUUCGGCGUCGAGCGGCAACAAGAACAUCCCGAUCCUGCAGUGCCACGGAGAGAUGGACAUGAUGGUGCCUGCGCAGUUCGGCGCCAUGACAGCAGAGAAGCUCAAAUACAUAGUUAACCCUCAGAUGGUCACCUUUAAAACCUACCCAGGCGUCCAGCACUCCUCCUGUCCUGAGGAAAUGUUGGCUGUAAGGGAAUUUAUUGAGAAGUAUUUGCCUCGGAUUUGACCUCACCUCAUUCCGACUGUGACGCCCUCCGAGACACUGACCUCUGACCCCUGAUCUGCUCUCCUGCAGGAAACAGCCAUGAGAACCCCCCACCUCCUCACACACACACACACACACACACACACACAUUUAACAGGUAAUUUAAUCCUCAGAGCUGAACAGCGCUCUUCAUACAGUCCAACUUGUCGAGUCUCGGCGUUCGGAGGGAGAAACUCUCGCUGCACAUUCCCCCUUUUUUAAUUUAAAUCCUCCAUCUGUUGCCUCUCUUCUUUUCCUUUUUUUUUUUUUUUACCUCAUCUUGUUUCCUUUUAUCAGCUUGUAUCACUCAUCGCCUCACUGCCACACUUCCAUUUGAGUUACUGGAAAACCAGCGAUGAGUCUGAGUCGCAUCAUCCGACCUGCUGGGGGCGCUGUCAGACUGGUCGGAUGUUUACAAACAGCUUUUGCUUCUCCACCUUUAGAGCAUUAGCUGCAGGUUUUAUAGGAAGUGAAAGGACAUAGAAUAUGUUUGAACUCUUUUCAGACAUUCUGACAGCCUUUAUAAACGACUAAAGCUGUUUGCAUUAAAAAAAACAACAGCACAUUUUUAUUUAAAGGAUGUAAAAUCAGAUCAAAAUCUGAUGAAAACCAUUUCAGGUAUGAAAUAUGCAGCAAUGUUGGUCACAUUCCCACAUCAAAAUCUGCAGUAUUCGUUCGUAGCUCCUAAAUUUGUUCAUUUUAAACACCUGCAACCUGCGUACUGAUGACCCUGACUGUCUGCUAUCUGUUUGAGCAGAAACAGCAGCUUGGAAAGAAAAACUUAAACUCCUUUUUAAUUUAUUAUGAUUUUAAUAGCAAGAAACGCUGCAGGUUUCCUAAAAGGAUUCCUAGUGAGAUCCCUCUGGGGAUCAGAAAUCAGUGAAUGUGAGAUCUUGGCUUCCUUUUGAGAAAUAACAAAAAAUAGUAAUGAAGAAAGGAAAAUUAAUUAAAAAUAUUGGAAAAUAACAGAUAAAACAACAUAUUAAUUCUUGUUUUUGGCACCAAACAGAACUGUCUGUUUGACCUGCCCAACAGAUUAUUUUAAUUUUUUCACUCUGCUCAUAAAUAACUGCAUGAAAAUGUGAUUAACUGACUAAUAAAGACUACAUACCAGAGGUUUGAUCAGCGGUCACGGUCUGUCCUGUGUAAUAGCAGUCAGCCAACCCAAAUGGGCGUUGCGAUCAAAACAAAACCAAAUCUGAGCGAUCUUCUGACCUUUAAUAUCAUUUAUGAAAAUACUUCUCUACAAAACAAAAGCAUAAAUCAUAGUUUAGUAGAUUAUUUUUAAGUGGUUUGUUUACAGGCUUGAAAGGAUCAAAAUGUUAAUGUAUUGGUGUGGAUUAAUCUGUUUGCGUAUGAUUUGACCUCUGACCUGUUAGCUUAGCGGCUAACCUGGCGUGAAUACUCUCGUCCUGCGCUGUUCCCGUUAAUGAUGUCUGAAAAGGCCUUUUAUAACGAAGCUCCUGUGUGUCCGACUCGGUUACUGGGAGAGCUGGUUUUCCACCACUGCAUCCAUUCCACAUUCUGCAGCCUGUCUGGGUCUUUUAACACGCACACACACACACACACACACGCACACACACACACACACACAGAGUCCCAGGAACUGAUGCUUUUCCUAUUUUUAAAUGUGAGAAAAUGAAGUGACUUGUGUAAAACGUAAUCCAAGUGAAAUAAAGCAAAUGGAUGACUGUU